ACAGUUUCAAGACUCUAUCGUCACGCGAUAGUGAACUUGAUUCAAUUUUACUGUUUGGUUAUUUCUGUGUGUUAUUAUAUAUAAUGUGCAAACGUGAGAAAAUGAGCUAUAAGAUUAAAAAGAAUUUGAAUUGGUUAAAAUAGCGCGAUUAAAAAAUAAACAUGAAAUUUUCUUAUAAUUUUUAUCCAAUAUAAAGUUCUAGGUUAUGUACUCUUAAUUUUUUUAAUAAUACUAAAAGAGAGAGAUACUGAAUGUAUAUACACAUUUUUGUUUUAAAUAAAUAAUAAUUAUCAGUACCUUUAUACAAUUGAUAAAAAUUAUUAGAGUAAACAAUGGGAAUUGGAUAACUCUAAGUAAUAGUGCUUUAUUUUAGUACAAUUAAGUAUUUUAAUGUAAUAUAGAUAGUUUUUUUUAUGUAAAUAAGUAAUAAUGUCAAUAAUAGAUUCACAUCGAUUAAUUAAACCAGAACUUUUAUCAGAAUAUGAACUCUGUCAAAUAUUAAAAAAUAGAUGCAUUGAAAUAACAAAUUUAGAAAAAUUAUCUAAAAUUGAAUUGAUGGAGUUAUACAAACGAAUUGCUAUGCCAUUACCCCAAAGACAAACUGGAAACAAAAAUUGUAAAGAAUUAAAUAAAUAUAAUUUAAAUCAAAAGCCUAUGUUAGAGUCGUGUGACAACAAUAUAACAAUACAGGUUUCUGAUAAACAUGACAGUAUAAGCUUUACAAACUUAUGUGAAAAAAGAAGAAGAGUACCUCAGGGAAAUUUAAUAGAAUCAAAAUCAUCAACGCAUGAAACUAAAUCAGUAUUGAAAAAAAUUCGUUUAUCUCCUAUUUCACAAAUAGAAACUGAUCCUAAUGGAAUUAACAAGCAUGACAUUAAAGAAGAAAAUGAAGAGUCAACUUUGGCACCUACAAGGAAAAGGCAAAAAAUUACAUGGCCCUAAUCUAUAAUUAAUAAUUGACAUACGAACUUUGUUAUUUUAAUUUAAAAAAUUUUAAAUCCGAUUUUGCUAUUGCAUAUUUUAUUCUUAUUAGAGAAAAUUCUGAAUAAUUAUUAUAAUUAUUAUGUAGAAAUAAUGUAUUCUAUUCUUAGGUUAAACUUAUAAUUUGUAUAAAAAUUAAAUUAUACACAAAUGA